CCCUUUUGUAUGUCAAAGUCCACGUAGUCAGACACACAAGUCUAGUCUUAGACAUUCAGUAUUCAGCUUCAUCAUGGCUGGUCACCUGCUGUUAGUCGUCCUCUUGUGUUUCUUUUCUGAGAUGAGAACACAAGAUCUUCUUCCACCUAAACUGACAGUGAAUCCACCGGUGAUCACAGAGACAGACUCAGUCACACUGGACUGUCAGACUCCAUCAUCUGUUUCUGUGUCUCAGUGUUAUUUUCGCUUUGUUAGAGGAGGACGUGGUAAAAGCUUCCCUUGUCUGCAGACACUGACAGGAACUGAGCUGCUGAAGUUGUCACAUCAGAGUUCACCUGCUGAGGUUAAAGUGACAUGUUGUUACUUUUAUGUGCAUCUAUCUCCUGAGAGUGACGUGUCCUCCAUCAUCAUUCAAACUCUUCUUCCACCUAAACUGACAGUGAAUCCACCGGAGAUCACAGAGACAGACUCAGUCACACUGAACUGUCAGACUCCAUCAUCUGUUUCUGUGUCUCAGUGUUCUUUCAAUCUGGGGCGGGGAAAUACGCAAGUCUUCUCUUGUAUGAAGACACUGACAGGAGAGGAGCUGCUGUACAUGUCACGUCAAAGUUUACCAGCUGAAGUAAAAAUAGAUUGUUUUUACGCUGUAAAGGUUGGAGAUAUAAAAUCUCCAUCUCUACACAGUGACACGUCCUCCAUCUUCAUACACAGUCAAACACCAAUCAUGAGUCUUCAACAUUUUCCUGGUGAAUACGUUCUCUUUACUUGCUCUCUGCCUGGAUCUGCUGAUCAUGAUACGACAUGUAACCUGUACUUUGGAGAAUCAAGUCGUCCAGUUAAUACAACAACCAUCGGGACGAAAAGAAACUCAAACAAUCAGUGGUUCUGCCAGUUUACUGUUACAAUUGAAGAUUUGAUGAGACGUCUACGUUCAGUUCAACAAAGUGAUGCCAGCUGUGAUUACAGUUCAAGGAGUAAACCCAACCCUCUGUUUCCUCGUAGUGAUGGAUACAGCUUGACUGGUAUCAUGGAAAAAGAAUCAAGCACGACCACCACAGAAUCAACAUUUGCUGUGACCACAGUAGAUCCGACACUUCAUGAGUCUAGCACUGAGUCCCCUGUAACCCCACCAGACCCAGCACCAGAUGUGACUGUUAGCAGCCCUGGUGAUUCCACGUUUGUCCUGUCAAGUCCUGUCACUCCAUCAUCAGGUACUGUGGAAGAAGAGUCAUGGAUGACGCAGACUGUGAUGACGUUUACUAUGACCACAGGUCUAGACGCUGAUGCUACAACUCCUGAAACUCCUGCAGAACAAACUUCAGGUCUGACAGUGAGCACGCCUCAUGUUACAACUCCUGAAACUCCUGCAAAACAAACAUCAGUAGAUCAGACACUUCAUGAGUCCAACAAUAAAGCUAACUUGUCUCCUGUAACUCCACCAAAGCCAGCACCAGAAACAAAGAAGUGGAAGUGGAAGAUAUGGAUGUUGGUCAUAGUUGUGACUAGUUUUGGAGUAAUUGUGGGUGUUACCUUUGUGGGAGUGACACUUCUCUGUACCAAAAGAACUGAAAGAUAUUCUGACCAGAGGACACAAGCCAAUGUCACUGAUGACGUUAUGUGCAUGCAAAGUCUCGACCAUGGAGGAUUGUUACCUGCAGGUGAUGAUGAAGCAUACAGUGUGAUCACCUCAGUACCUGGAGCAGACUGUCCUGCUGGUUCUAAGAAACUGGACAGACAAAGGCCUCAAAAUGAAGACUCUGACAUAUACCAUGUGUACGCCACCAUCCCUGAGGAGCCAUCUCCAUCAGCCCUGAACAUGGUGUACAGCACAGUGCGGGCACAUUGAAACGCAUUUUAUAGUGUAUCUUACAUGAAUCUUAUUAGAUCUAAUAAUGAUUGAAAAAUCAAACGAUGUACUUUUUAAAAAGCCUUUGACACAGUCGACUGCACAAUUUGAGCCUUUGUCCAUUUCUCGUGGAGUGCCACAAGGCUGUCCCCUCCUGUUGUUGCUUUAUAUUAAUAGGAUGAAAAACAGCCGGGUUAAAGAAGCAACAGGAAACAUUAUUUGAUCACUGAUCAGUUUAUACAUUAUAGAUUUGGUUUUCAGACAACAGGCUGCUUUUACUCUUUAAGGUGAGGUUUUGUUUGGAUCAAUUAGGCUGAGAAGCACAAAACAAACUGAUAAACUAUGUUGGCAGGUGGCUUAACUAGUUUCCAAUGGAUGGCUGAGUAUGUCACAUUUAUUUUAGAUACAGUUUAUACUGUAGGAUGUUACAUAGAAGUGUCAGCUGUUUAUUAAGGUGGAGGAAGUUUAUAGUCGUAACACCAGAGCUACUAUCGCAAACUUGAACUCCAAGUCUCAGAGGGAUAAGGAUUCUUAGUGUAUGCUGUUGAAUGAGCUUCCUUUCUUAGUUAAGGAGGAGUCAAACUAUCCUAACUUAAACAAUGGCUGCUUGAAACUACCUAAAAGAAUGUGAAUACAUAUAAAAGUGUGAACAUAAAUGUGAAUUUGAAUAGAUAGAUUGAGAUAUUGCAGAAUACAACAGGAGGCAAUCUUAAAGUGUAGAUAAAUAUAAUUGCACAGUGUAGCUUAAUUUAAUUAAAUUGUAAAAUAAGUUAUGUUUGAUGUGAAUAAGUGUAUGCACAUAUAGAAUGAAAUGAUAACAGCUACAUUCAGUCAUGCUGGUGAGUCUGACAGCUGUUGGAAUGAAGUACCUGUGGUUGUGCUCCGUCUUACAUGGUGGGAGUAGCAGUCUGUUGCUGUUUAAGGCCCCCACAGUCUCAUGCAGGGGGUGAGAGGAGUUGUUCACUCCCCCCUAUAGAGUGUAGGGGGCGGAGGGUAGUCCCUAUACUAUGACUUCUGUACACCUUCUGGAUGGGAAGAAAUGUUUCCAGGGAAUGUAAAGCAGCCAGAACUUGUCUAGAAAAUGUACUCUGCAGCAGGUUGAGUUGCAAGGCACGUGUUCAUUUUGUAACCGUAUUUUCUAUUUCAUAAUUUUCUGUUUAUAUUAUAUGUUUAACAUAAGUUUUGAAAUUGGAUAUACUUUGUUUUCUCUUGUAACACUUCUAUAACUAUGCACUAAAAUAAACCUACACACUUAAAUAAAAAAGUACUUGGCACCAGUCUGCCAGCAGAGGGUGUUCACCUGUCACAUUGCAUGUCACUUCAGGUCACACACAGCAACAGAGAGCCAGUCAGUCAGUUUAGUCAGUCCAGGAGACAGAGAGCCUUGUUUAGAUUCACAGAUGACCACAGAGCAGCAUGGGGAGCGCUAUAUCAUUUCAACCCUAUGUAAAGAGGGGGAAUUCCUUCACAUUGAGCUUAGCUGGUGACGUUUCUGUGAUAUCAGCAAGCACACAACACAAAAGGUUGGUGCUCAGUGUUGCAGAAUGUGGAAACCAAGCCAUAAGAUGAGACAUAUGAGUCCAAAUACAACAUUAUGAGGAAUUACAAGGGGUCUUAGUGUGUGGUGGGAGCAGGAAAGAUAUGUGAAGAGCAAAAAGAGGCAGCUAAUAAAUCAUAUAUAUUUGUAUAUAAUGCGAAAUCUGCAAUAAGUUUGACAG